GGCAAAUCAACGGCGCGUAUUCUCGCCUCUGAGCAGCCGAAAUAGCAGCCGAAAUAGCUCGCCGCGCGACGCUGCGGUACCUUCUUAAGCUUCUUAGCCCAAAUCGUCUGGCUUAAGGGGCAGCCUUACCUAAAGAUGCCAACCACCCGGGCCACGCUCCUCUCCCUCUCAGAGGACGCCCUCCGCCGCGCGCUGGCCCAUGUGCCCCUGCAGCACCACGGCGCGCUGGCGCAGACCUGCAAGCGCCUCCGGGCCGUCAAGCAGGCGACGCGGUUCCGCCGCGAACGCGCGAACAGCGGCUGCGAGGAGUCCGUGCUCAUCGUGACGGGCGGCUCGGACGCGCGCGACGACACGUGGAACGAGCAUACAUUCGUGCUCCAGGCCGACGGGACGUGGCGCGCGCGGCUCGCGCAAAACCCGAACCCGCUCCUGAAAAUGCCGCGCGCGGCGCGGGCGGUCCGGGAGAUGGACCUCGUGUCGGGCGACGGCGGCUCCCACGCGGUCGCGAACGGCGAGCUCUUCGUCGUGGGCCCGGUCGUCAUGUGCGGCAUGCCCUCGGCCUCGCUGGCGGUGUACGACGUCGCCGGCGAUUGCUGGCGCGACAGCUACGCGCACGCGCGGCGGUCGCGGCGCAACGCGGUGGCCUGCCCGCCGCCCCCGCACGCCACGGCCGCGGCGGCGAUCGGCUUUGCGGGCGGAGACUUCCUCGUGGUGGCCGGCGGCGAGUCUGACGAGCUCGCCGUCGUGGAGGACGACGAAGAGGGAUUUCUGGGGUGCAACCUCGCGAUCUCGGCGCGCUGCAUGGCGUUCAACGUGUACGCGCGCGAGUGGGCUUACGUGGAGGACAUGCCCCUGGGCGUGGCGCACGCGGCAUCCGCCGUCGUGGGCUCCAAACUCUAUGUGGCCGGCGGCGUGUUUACGGAGGGUCUGGAGGAAGGAUUGGAGGACGAAAGCGACCAGCUGCAGAUCUUCGACGGCGUCGCCUGGACGAGCGAGAAGAUCGAACUGCCGUCGUUCGGGCAAGACGGGUCCUUCGGGCUGUUCCCGGGGUGCGCCUGCGGCGCGGCGUGGAACGGUGAGCUCGUCGUCGUGUGCGGCGGCAGCCGCGAGCACGAGAUCGUGCCGGGUGGCGACGACGACGAGGAGCCGCAGUUUGAAUUGGUGGAGGCCCUCCCUCGGACCUACGCCUACGACGUGGAGGCCCGGACCUGGCGCGCGCUCCCGGCGCUCCCGGAGAUGCGCGACGGCUUCUCCGUCGCGGCGCACCGGGGCGACCUCUACGUCGUCGGCGGCGUCUCCGACGCGGCGUGCCCGCCGCUCGUCCUGCGCGCGGGCGCCGCCGCCUGGGCGCCCGUCCCCGGCGCGCCCGACGAGCUGGGCGCGCUCGAGCGGCCGGCGCUCGCGAGCGUGGUGCUGGGGUAG